AUGGACUCCAAGAUUCUGCUUGUGUUGUGUGUGGCUGGUGUGGUCGCUGGAGACAAGCGCCCGACCUUCUACGGACCUCCUCAGUUUUCUUCUGAGGAAAGCGGUCCAGUUCGGUACAGCUUCAACUGGGCUGUCGAUCACGACCCCUCAGGCAACGAGUUCGGUCACCAGGAGAGCCGCGACAACGACAACACCAAGGGGUCGUACAGCGUACAGCUCCCCGAUGGCCGUCUGCAGACUGUGACUUACUACGUGGACGGUGACUCAGGCUACGUGGCUGACGUCCAGUACCAGGGAGAAGCUCGCUACCCUGACUCUGAUGAAGUCAGGUCUUACGCCCCUCCAAGACCAACAUAUGGAUAAGACCAUCUCUCAGACCA